CUCUCUCUCUCCCCCCACCCAACUCUCUCUCUCUCUCUCGCCUUCACUUUCUCUCUCUACUGCGCUCUCCAAUGGAAGAAGAAGACCAGCACAAGGUGGCAGAUCUGGUCAAAGAGCUCGUCCUCCGCUUGCUCUCCCAGAGCCCCGGCGACCCCGCCCCUCCCGACUCGCUCCGCUUCCAGAGCUCCCUCCGCUACGCCUUCCGCAUCCUCUCCAGCCGGCUCGCCCCCUCCGUCGCCCCCGACUCCGCCGCCCUCGCCGAGUCGAUCAAGCGCCGCCUCGCCACCCAAGAUAAGUCCUCUCAGGCCCUCACCUUCGCCGAUCUGUACGCCAAGUUCGCCUCCAAGACCGGCCCCGGGAGCGUCAACAACAAGUGGGCCGUUCUUUAUUUGCUCAAAAUCGUGGCCGAAGACCGGAACAGCGCGAGCAGCGGGCUCGAUUUCUCCGGGUCGUUGCCCAAUUUGGAUUCGUUCGAGACCGAAUUGGGGAGUAAGUCGAGGGUUUCGCGGGAUAGGGAAAGCGAGAGGAAUGGUUGGAGUAAUGGGGUUUUGUUGGUCGCGAAGGACCCCGAGAAUUUGCGCGAUUUGGCGUUUAAGGAGUACGCGAACUUAGUGAAGGAAGAAAAUGAGGUGUCGGAGGAGGUCUUGGUGAGGGAUGUGUUGUAUGCUUGUCAGGGAAUAGAUGGGAAGUAUGUGAAAUUCGGUACGAUAGUGGAUGGUUAUAUCUUGUCGGAUUUGGUUAAGGUCCCGAGGGCGACCAGGACUAUGGUUAGGAAGCUUUGUGAACUGGGCUGGUUGUUUAGGAAGGUAAAAGGUUACAUUUCGGAGUGCAUGGAUCGGUUUCCUGCAGAAGAUGUGGGGACUGUUGGGCAGGCAUUUUGCGCGGCAUUGCAGGAUGAAUUAUCAGAGUACUACAAGUUGCUAGCGGUGCUUGAAGCUCAGUCAAUGAAUCCGAUUCCUCUGGUCUCAGAGACGGCCAGUUCGGACAAUUAUCUUUCUCUGAGGAGAUUAUCCGUAUGGCUUGCGGAGCCAAUGGUGAAAAUGAGGCUGAUGGCAGUUUUGGUUGAUAAGUGCAGGGUCUUGAGAGGGGGGGCAAUGGCUGGGGCUAUUCAUUUGCAUGCGCAGCAUGGUGACCCGCUUGUGCAUGAGUUUAUGAAGCGUCUACUGAGGAGAGUUUGUUCUCCUCUUUUCGAAAUGGUGAGGAGUUGGGUCCUAGAAGGAGAGUUGGAAGACAAUUUCGCCGAACUCUUCAUUGUUGGUCAGCCGGUAAAAGUUGAGUCUCUUUGGAGGGAAGGUUACCGGCUUCAUGCCGGGAUGCUCCCUUCUUUCAUAUCCCCUUCUCUUGCACAGCGUAUUUUAAGGACUGGAAAAUCAAUAAACUUCCUUCGCGUCUGCUGCGAGGACCGUGGGUGGGCUGAUGCCGCCACAGAAGCCGCAUCUGCUGCCGGGACCACGACGAGAAGAGGGAGUCUAGGCUAUGGUGAAACUGAAGCCCUUGAAUCUUUGGUUGAUGAAGCAGCUAAGAGAAUAGAUAAGCACUUGUUAGAUGUUAUGUACAAUAGAUAUAAGUUUAAGGAGCAUUGUCUUGCUAUUAAGCAGUAUCUGCUUCUUGGGCAAGGUGAUUUUGUUCAAUAUCUCAUGGACAUUGUGUGGCCUGAACUUUCUGAGCCUGCUAACACAAUUAGCUCUUUCAAGCUUGCUGGACUGCUGGAAAGUGCAAUCAGAUCUUCUAAUGCUCAGUAUGAUGAUCCUGAUAUGUUAGAUAGGUUACGGGUCAAGAUGAUGCCUCAUGGCACUGGAGAUAGGGGUUGGGAUGUCUUCUCAUUACACUAUGAUCCUAGGGUCCCGUUAGACACUAUCUUUACAGAAUCGGUAAUGGCAAAAUAUUUAAAGAUUUUUAAUUUCCUAUGGAAGCUUAGACGCGUGGAACAUGCACUUAUUGGUGCUUGGAAGACCAUGAAACCAAACUGUAUCACUUCCCAUGCCUUCUUGAAGCUGCAGCGUGCCGUUAAGUUGCAGCUUCUUUCAACAUUGAGGAGAUGCCAGGUUCUCUGGAAUGAGAUGAACCAUUUUGUUACAAAUCUGCAAUACUAUAUUAUGUUUGAAGUCUUGGAGGUCUCAUGGUCUAAUUUCUCCAAUGAAAUAGAAGCAGCCAAGGAUCUCGAUGAUCUACUUGCAGCUCACGACAAGUACCUCAAUUCAAUUGUGGAGAAAUCACUUCUUGGUGAACGGUCUCAAACCCUUCACAAGUCACUUUUUGUGCUGUUUGACCUCAUAUUGCGAUUUCGAAGUCAUGCUGAUAGGUUAUAUGAAGGCAUAUAUGAACUGCAAGCAAGGACUGGGAAUUCUUCCUUACCUUCGCGAGACAAAAGCAAGGCGAGAAAGCAAAAGAACGAUCAAUCUUCAGAACCUGGUUCAUUGAUUACUGAUGGAAGGAAGGCCCUAACUCAGCGUGCAGGUGAUUUUCUGCAGAAUAUGCGGCAGGAUUUCGAUGCAAUUGCAAAAGAAUACACAUCAUUGCUCGAGGGUUUCUUGUCUCAGUUGCCUGUUCAGCAGCAUGUUGAUCUUAAGUUCCUUCUGUUCCGCCUCGACUUCACUGAGUUCUACAGCUGGUCGGGACUUAGUAAAUAAAGUUGCAUGGUGAAUAAGUUGCAAGUACAGGGAAACAUUUGCUUUGACAUUUGACUGGCGAACCACAAAGAUGAUUGCUCAUUGCUUGGGAUCGUGUGGUCGAUUAUGUCGGGCAUACUGUCACAAGGGAGCGUUCUUUCACAACUCACAGGUUGACUUUAGGAGGGAUUGCUUGCUUUGGAGUUUUUAACCUAUUGGAAACUACAGGUUGAUAUUGGUCGAGUAAUGGAAUUUAGUAGUAUGGAUUCUUUUGAUGUAGUUGCCUUCCCUGUGUUUAUGUUUUCUUUGACCACUCUUUCGUACGUUGUACAUAGAUAUCAUGACCGUGUUGUUAGAGAUAGGUCACGAUACUCGCUCACGGAUGUUUUAGAUCUCUAAAGUUUGCCCUGUUUUGAUUGGUAGACAAUUCAAUAUUGUAACACACUCUGCAGCUUGGAAUGGAAAUUUAUUCUCUUCAUUUCAA